AUGCUGGAUGAAUCGGGUGUUGCCUCGCUGGCCAGCAUCGUGGGGGACGAGAACGUCCUGGCCGACGCCGACUCUCUCGACCGCUACACUGGCGAUUCCCUUUCGCCCAGCCGUGCCUUCGGUGCUGCUGCAGCUUUUGAGCGACUGGCCGAUGUGGUGGUGCGGCCGGGCUGCACCUCGGAGGUGGCCGAGGUCGUGCGAUGGGCCAACGAACACCAGAUCCCAAUCGUUCCUUACGGCGGCGGAACGGGUGUCAUGGGAGCAGUGGUCCCAGAACGCGGGGGCAUAGUACUGGACGUGAAGAGGAUGAAUCGCGUCCUGGAAAUCGACCCUGAGAGCCUCACAGCCCGGGUGGAUGCGGGGGUCGUGCUGGAGGAACUGGAGACAGUUCUGGCAGAGCACGGCCUGAUGAUUGGCCAUGACCCUUACAGCGUUCCCAUCGCCACCGUUGCGGGCACCAUCUCCACCAAUGGCGUGGGUUACCGGGCCUGCGCCCACGGACCGAUGGGCGACCAACUCGUCGGACUGGAGGCCGUGCUUCCGGACGGCCGAAUCAUCGAGACCCGGGACGUACCCAAGUAUUCCUCAGGGCCCAACCUGAACCAUCUGUUCAUAGGUGCCGAGGGCACCUUCGGCGUCAUAACACGGGCCACCAUCCGCAUCUACCGCGUUCCGGAAUCUGCCCAAUUUGCCAGUGUAGGAUUCGAUACUUUUGACGAGGGGUUCGCUGCCGCGACGGAGAUGUUGGCGCUGGGCAUUCGUCCCUCACUGCUGGACCUGACGGAAGAAGAUGAAGAAGUAACGCUGCACCUGCUGUUCGAGGGAUUCACUGAGGGUGUGGCGCCCAGGCGCAGCGGGCGGCAGCAGUCUGUGACGCAGCGGGUGGCUAUUCCCUUGGAACAGAGCCCACUGAACACUACUGGGCAGUUCGGCGCGACUCAGCGGAAAGCUACAAGUUGA